AUGAACUGGACAGGAGGAAAAAGGAAUAAGAUUAAAGUAAAAUCGGAACUUCAAAAGCAAAAGGAAUUCUUUAAUCGUCAACGGCUUAAAAAAGUACAUUCAUUUCUCAGUAUUGAACAAAGACUUGCACAUACUUUAUCAAGUAUCGAAGUUGUAUGCCGUAGCGAAACUACCAAUUUAUCUGAUAUGAACGAACCUUCUGAUAUUGAGUUUCAUCAACACACUGAAAUUGAUAAUGAUAAUAUUAUUCGAGAUAUCACGAAACGCAAACAAUUUCUUUUGCAAGUUAAUGAUUGGGCAGGUGUUGGAUGUUCAUCAACCGUAGUGCAGGAUUCGAGGUGA